AUGAAAGGAAAUUACUUUAAGUCAAUAAGAAUAAUUAUACGAAACAUGUCCCAUAAUCACUCAACAGUACUAAACAAUGCAGAAAUUGCAGAAAAUCGAUUAGCCGAUUUGAGAAAAAAAGGUAGUUUGGAUGAAGUAAGAAAGUUUAAAAUUCAAGAAAAAAUCAACUCCCUAAUUAAGGAAAACAAUAUCCUUUCAUCAAAAGUUGUAAAGGCAAAGUUAGAGCUGAUAAAGUUGGAAACACAGCAAGGUAAAAAACAGUAUCAAUUACCAGACAAAACCGCUUUUACUUCAGAUACUCUUUUAGUUUCAAGUAGUACACUAGAAGCAAUCCCACAGGAAACUAAGAAAGCGAAAAAAGAGCCAGCAAAGAAAAAAGAAAAGCCUGAAAACGCCUCAUCUAGUGUUGACUCUGUCGUAGACAUACGAAAACUAGAUCUAAGGAUAGGAAAAAUUAUUGACAUAAAUAAGCAUCCUGAUGCAGACAGUCUCUAUGUUGAAAAAAUUGAUUGUGGAGAGAAUAUUCCACGCACAGUUGUGUCUGGGCUUGUUAAUCAUGUGCCGAUUGAUGAUAUGAGAGACAGAAUUGUAAUGGUCCUAUGCAAUUUGAAACCAGUUAAGAUGCGAGGAGUAACAUCCGAAGCAAUGGUCAUGUGCGCUUCAUCACCUGAAAAGGUAGAAGUUCUAAUUCCGCCUGCUGGGGCCAUUCCUGGAGAUCUAGUAUCCUGUGAAGGAUACCCUCGGGAGCCUGAACCUCAACUAAACCCUAAGAAAAAGAUUUUUGAAACUUGUGCCCCUGAUUUGAAGACAGAUGAUAAGAAAAUUGCCUGUUAUAAGGGCAGCCCUCUGGUUGUACCUGGCAAAGGACCUGUAGUCGCUGCUACUCUACAUGGUGUCAGCGUGAAAUGA